AUGGAUAUCGACACUAAUCGAAGUACAAGAGAAAAGGGGAGGACAAUGAGAGGGACGAGGAGACUGGUGGUGACAAUGAUGGUGGCGUUGGCCGUGGUGGCGGCGGCGGCGCUGUCAAGUUGCGUCGCGACGGAGGAAGGGUCGGAGACAUGGACGGAGUGGGCAAAGGAGAAGGUCGGUCUGAAACACGAAGACGCCGGAGAAACGGUGGCGGAGAAGGCGGGAGAGGCGAAGGAAGCGGCGAAGCACAAGGUCGGAGAAGCGAAGGAGAAGCUCGACGAAGCGGUGGCCGCCGCCAAGGAGAAGGCGAGCGACGUGGCCGGCGCCGCCAAGGACAAAGCUCACCAUCUGACAGAAGAAGCUUCCGAGGAGACAAAGGAGGCCAAGGACAGAGCCGGGGAGACGUUGGAGAAGGCUUCUGAGAAGUACGACUCGGCCUCGGAGAAAUCCCGACAGGUCAAAGAUAGCUUGUCCUCCUCUUCCCGUGACGACGAGCUCUGACGACGGAGGAGGAGGGAUUCAGUAGAAGAUGAACGUUUUCUUGUGUAUUUUGUGUUCAACUACUUCAUGUUUUGCUCUUCUGUCACCUCCUUGUUCUUCUUCUGUCGGUUCUUUCGAGAUAUAUAAUACUUAAACAUGUUCAGGCCUUAUA